CCCCCCAAUCGAGUGGCGCGGAGCAGAGGAGAGAAAAGUAUCGUGAACGGCGGCGACAAAGGGGAGGCCGCGAGAAAUGCCGGCGCCGCCCUGUCCCCCGCCGGCCCCAGAAGCGGCGCCGAUACUGCCGCGGCUCCUCUCCUCGGUCGCUCCGGCAGCGCUCGCCGCCGCGCUGGCCUGCGGUGCUGGCCCAGGCCCCGCCGCCGUCGUCGCCCAGGCCGUCCCGUUCGUCCGCCCCCCUCCCCAGCAGGGGAGGCCCUUCGCCGCCCCCACGCCGUACGCGCAGUCCCAGAAGCUGCAGCUUGGCCUCGACAAGCUCGGGAAGAUCAGGCCAUGCCCGUCCACCAACCCCGGGUGCGUGUCCACCAACCCGCUGGGAUCUUCCGGCUCCUUCGCCUCCCCGCUGCUCAUCCCGGAAUCAUCCGCCGGGGACAAGGCCGUGCAGGCGCUGCGGCAAGCCAUCGAGAAGACGCAGAGCAAUGUGGACUUCAAGGUCGAUGAGGAUACGCCUUACGGCCACUACAUCGAGGCGGAGAUGGACGGCGGCGUGGGCCGGGACGUGAUGGAGUUCCUGGUGAAGGGAGACGCCGGCGUGGUGGCGUACAGGUGCAUGGCCACCAAGGUGACCUUCGUCUACCCCUUCACCACCGCCGUCGGCGACUCCACGGGGCAGAAGCAGAGGGUCGCCGCCAUCUCGCAGGAGCUCGGAUGGUACGCCCCGGACAUCCAGUCCUCCAUGGACUCCGACGACGCCGGCUAUCCGCCGUGAAGAGUGGACACCGGAGGACCGAUCAUCACUUCAUCCAUCGUCCAUCGGAUGGAGCAGAGGUAAAUAUACGUUGGCUAGGUUCGUACCUGUGCGUUGUUAUGUGCAACGAAAAGUAUAUUAAUCAAUGUAUGAAAAUAAUUCAACUUUGUAAAACUUCUACAAAAUUUUAACUCUGAUGGUAAAAGUUUUUCCAAAGUAAUAUAUAGAAUGGGUAGCACGA